AUGGAAGGGGAAAAUCAUUCAAGAGUUUCUGAAUUCAUACUCCUGGGCCUUUCAGAACAGCCAGUGCAGGGAAGGAUCAUUUUCCUAGUAUUCCUGAUUAUGUAUCUGAUCACAGGACUGGGGAAUUUGCUCAUCAUUCUGGCCAUCAGGACAGACUCACGUCAGCACACCCCCAUGUACUUCUUCCUUACCAACUUGUCCCUGGUCGACAUAUGCUUGACCUCCACCACAAUCCCCAAGAUGUUGGUUAAUUAUAUAUCUGGGACCAAAGCAAUUCUUUACAUCAGCUGCCUAACACAAGUAUUCUUCUUCGGUUGGUUUGGGAGCUUAGAUAGUGUCCUUCUCACUGCCAUGGCCUAUGACCGCUAUGUGGCUAUCUGUGCCCCACUACAUUAUUCCAUGAUCUUGACCCCAAAGGUCUGUGUCCUUCUGGUAGCAGUGUGCUGGUUUUGGGCUUGUGCUAAUGCCCUGACACAUGCUAGUCUGCUAACCCGACUCUCGUUCUGUGGCCACACUGAAAUCCCUCAUUUCUUCUGUGACCUCAAUGUGGUGAUAACAUUGGCCUGCUCAGAUACCUUCAUCAAUGACUUGCUGAUCUACAUAAUGGGAGGACUGACAGGUAUAAUUCCGUUCAUUGGCAUUCUAAUCUCCUACAUUAACAUUUUUGUGGCUGUGCUGAGGAUCCCAUCAGCUCAAGGGAAAUGGAAAGUUUUCUCCACCUGUGGCUCCCACCUCACUGUGGUCUGUUUCUUCUAUGGGACAAUCAUUGGAGUGUACUUAAACCCAACAUCUGCACACACAGCACAAAAAGACAGAGCAGCAGCCGUGAUGUACACUGUGGUCACCCCCAUGCUGAACCCUUUCAUCUAUAGCCUAAGGAACAAGGACAUGAAAGGAGCCCUGAGGAUGCUCUUCAGCAGAAAGUCAGGCUUCUCUUUGUGA